AUGUGGUUCGACGCGAUCGUCCCCGGCAGCGAAGGCGGGAUCGAGGGGCGCCUGCGUGAAUCUGGGCUGAUGAUCCAUCUCCUGAGAGAUGUACCGGGCCUUAUCUCGGCCCAUAUGGAGGAGAGCCUGAAGAGGGCGUUUGGGCCGCUGGGGAUUUCGGAUUGGAACUCAUUGUUCUGGAUUGCGCAUCCAGGUGGGCCUGCGAUAGUGGAUCAGAUCGAGGCGGAGAUGGGCCUGAAGCCCGAGAAGCUGCGGCUGUCACGGCACGUGCUGAGCGAGUAUGGGAAUGUGUUUAGCACGACUGUGCUGAUUAUUUUGGAUGAGAUGAGGAAGUCCUCCGCUGAGGACGGGCAGACCACCACCGGCGAGGGGCACGAUUGGAGUGUGCUUUUCGGGUUUGGCCCAGGCCUCACGGUGGAGACGGUUGUGCUGCGAAGCAUGCCGAUUCAUUCACUGUGA